CGUUUAAAACGCAUUCAUCGUUGUUGCGUCGUGUGUCGUCGUCGUCGUCGUUGCGUAGUCGUAGUCGUCGUGUUGUGUGUAUAUUCACCCCUCCUAGUAACUUUCCCCCUCCCUCCUACCAUUUGACUCGUUGCCGGCGUUGGGGAAUCCACCUCUCUCUCUCCGCGCCGUCCUUCGUCACUCAUCAUACGAACUUUACCGUAGGACGCGCGACGACGACGGAAAACGACGUUUGUGUUGUAUAUCUCGAAUCCUCUCCUCCUUCCCCACCACCUCACCUUACCACUGAAGGUCCGGCGGGAGUUAACGAACGGCGUGCGUUUAGCACGCGCUUACAGCUAGACCUCGUUAGUACGAGAAAAGAGGCCCGACUCUUUGCGUGUAUCAUCAUCGUAUACGAAAACUCGUCAUCGUCGUCGUCGUCGUCGUCGUCAUUGUCAUUGUCGUUGCUUCCUUUUCGUUCUAUCGUAAUCGUUCGUAAUCGUUCGUACUUAAUCGCGAAAAGAGACGAAGAUAUUACGAAAUAAUUGUAUUAUUAUUGUUAUUAUUAUUGUUAGUUACAUACGCGAUAUGGCUAGAGAGAAUAAUAGAUAAACAUAGAAAAACGAAAGAAGAAAUUAUUUCCAUCUCUUUGUUCGGUUUGAAUUUCUAUUUCUCUCUUCGUUUGAAAGGUAGAGAAAGAGAUAGAGAUAGAGAGAAUACUAGAACGUCAGUAGUAGUAGUAGUAGUAGUCGGUCGAAGGCGAAUCGAUCUACUGUGCGAUUAGGCGAAUCGGCGAAUGGAGAACUCCUUUGUCGUUUAUCGUCGUAGAGGAGGAAAGUGUUGCGGCCGUCUCGUCACCGCUCGAUAUCGAAAGAAAAACGGAGAGUAUAUUUCCUGCUGGUAAAUUCGAAAAAGAAGAAAAAGAAAAGGAAGUGGAAGAAGAAGAAGAAGAAGAAGAUUUGAAAGGGUAGAUAAAACGAGACAGUGGGGGAGAUAUAUCUAAACGCUAUCAUUGAUUUCAAAUCGAGACAGUUUUGGUUUUCUUGUUUAAAACCAAUAUUCUACCCACCACCACAACUACCAUUGCCAACAUUACCACGAUAUUACUACUACACUACUACAAUUAUAUACAACUACUAGUAUAUCUCAACACGAAGGGGUAGUAGGGACGCGGCAAGAAUGGAACGCUUCAGAGUAACACCGGCAAAUAACACUACGCAGUAUAUUCAACCCUUGCAAAGAUCUUCUAUUCACGAAUAUGAUCAAGCACCCAAUGGAACCCAAGUGGAACACCUUGUCUCCAUAUCGACCAAUGCCUGUGAUGGAGGGGGCGUCGGAGGGGAUGGUGAUCCCAUCGUGGGUGGUGGAAAUUCUGAGAAAAAAUCGGGCUACGAGACAAAUCUCUACCUGUACAACGAAGAGAUGGAAGAUCGACCCCGGAUAUCGACAUUACUCAGCAGUUUGGCAAAUUACAGCAAUACAAUUCCAGCUGCGACCGAUCCUGACAGCAAACCAGCGCCAGCUGCAGGUGGCGGGGCUCGUAUGGGCACCCUAAUAGGCGUAUUUCUUCCCUGUAUACAAAAUAUAUUUGGUGUUAUUCUUUUUAUUCGUUUGACGUGGGUCGUCGGUACUGCCGGUGCUAUUCAAUGUUUUUUCAUCGUUUUAUGCUGCUGUUGUGUCACAAUGUUAACUGCAAUUAGUAUGAGUGCAAUUGCAACAAACGGUGUUGUACCAGCCGGUGGGUCAUACUUCAUGAUAUCAAGAAGUUUAGGUCCGGAAUUUGGUGGUGCCGUUGGUAUGUUGUUUUACACCGGUACCACUUUAGCAGCAGCCAUGUAUAUUAUCGGUGCUGUUGAAAUAGUUUUGACUUACAUGGCACCGAAACUCAGCAUAUUCGGUGACUUUACUCAAGACCCGAGUAUAAUGUACAAUAAUUUUCGAGUUUAUGGUACCGGCUUGCUAUUGGUUAUGGGCACGAUAGUAUUCAUUGGUGUUAAAUUCGUGAACAAAUUUGCCACGGUUGCCUUGGCUUGUGUUAUAUUAUCGAUCAUAGCUGUCUACGUUGGAUUAUUCGUGAACUUCAACGGAAAUGAAUUAUUGAAAAUGUGCGUACUUGGGAAAAGAUUAUUGAAAGAUCUCGAUGUAAUGAACGAAUGUAACAAAAAUCCAGGUGGACAUCUUCACAACGUUUAUUGCCAUAACGUAACUAACACUACCAUAACCAUAUGUGACCCAUAUUAUUUACAGAAUAACGUUACCAUCAUAAACGGUAUUCGUGGUUUAGCAAGUGGCGUAUUUUUAGAAAACAUAUGGGAUAGUUUCCAAGAAGAUGGUCAAUUGAUAGCUUAUGGUAACAAUCCUAAAGAUAUGGACAAUAUGGCUGGCAACAGUUACAAUCAGAUAACGGUUGAUUUGACAACGUCAUUUACCAUUCUCAUUGGAAUAUUCUUCCCAUCAGUGACAGGUAUUAUGGCUGGAUCAAACAGAUCUGGUGAUCUCGCGGACGCACAAAAAUCAAUUCCAAUUGGUACAAUUUGUGCCAUAUUGACGACCUCGACAGUAUACUUGUCAAACGUACUAUUGUUCGCUGGUACUGUGGACAAUCUAUUGUUGAGGGAUAAAUUUGGUCAAAGUAUAGGUGGUAAAUUGGUAGUGGCUAACAUAGCAUGGCCAAAUCAAUGGGUGAUACUUAUCGGUUCGUUCCUUUCAACAUUGGGUGCUGGAUUACAAUCAUUGACUGGUGCACCAAGAUUAUUACAAGCUAUUGCAAAGGACAGUAUAAUACCAUUCCUAACACCAUUCGCAGUUAGCUCGAGUCGCGGUGAACCGACGCGAGCAUUAGUAUUGACAGUAUUAAUAUGUCAAUGUGGUAUUUUAUUGGGAAACGUUGAUUACUUGGCACCACUGCUUUCAAUGUUUUUCUUAAUGUGUUACGGUUUUGUUAACUUGGCUUGUGCAUUGCAAACCCUUCUGAGAACACCCAAUUGGAGACCACGUUUCAAAUAUUAUCAUUGGAGUUUAUCAUUCCUCGGAUUGGCCCUGUGCAUAGCAAUCAUGUUCAUGACCAGUUGGUAUUACGCUUUACUUGCCAUGGGGAUGGCAGGUUGCAUUUACAAAUAUAUCGAGUAUCGUGGUGCAGAAAAGGAAUGGGGUGAUGGUAUUCGUGGUCUUGCAUUAUCAGCAGCAAGAUAUUCACUUCUGAGAUUGGAAGAAGGACCACCCCAUACGAAAAAUUGGCGACCACAGAUCUUGAUACUGGCCAAAUUGACCGACGAUCUUGCGCCAAAGUAUAGAAAAUUGUUUGCAUUUGCUAGUCAAUUAAAGGCAGGAAAGGGUUUGACGAUUUGUGUCAGUUGCAUAGCUGGUGAUUAUAUUCAAAAUUCUGGUGAAGUAUUGGCAGCUAAAAAAAGCUUACGUGACACGGCUAACGAGGAAAAAGUCAAAGGAUUCGUCGAUGUUUUAGUAGCUGGUAACAUUGUUGAUGGUUUGAGUUCACUCGUACAAACGACUGGUUUAGGUGGAAUGAAACCUAACACAGUUAUCCUUGGUUGGCCAUAUGGUUGGAAAAAAUCUGAGGAUAAAAGAAGUUGGAGAGUGUUCUUACAAACUGUCAGAACUGUUACUGCAGCUAGAAUGGCAUUAUUGGUACCCAAAGGUAUCAACUUUUUCCCUGAUUCUACGGAAAAGGUUGUUGGUAAUAUCGACAUUUGGUGGAUAGUUCAUGACGGUGGUCUUCUCAUGUUAUUGCCGUUCCUAUUGAAACAACAUCGUACAUGGAAAAAUUGUAAAAUGAGGAUCUUCACUGUUGCACAAAUGGAAGACAAUUCUAUACAGAUGAAGAAAGAUUUGAAAAAGUUCCUUUACGAUCUUAGAAUCGAAGCAGAAGUUGAAAUAGUCGAAAUGAUGAAUUCUGACAUUUCCGAAUAUACUUACGAAAGAACCCUGUUGAUGGAACAAAGGAACCAAGUGUUGAGAGAGUUGCAGUUGAACACAAAGGAGUCACGAGGAGUGGAUAAGGUGCAGCCUUUGGUGGACUUCAACGAGGUAUCCGGCGAGGAAAAAUUACCUCUGGUACAAGCAAUCGUUGAUCAUCAUCACAACGUUGACGUUAAAGUACCAUCCAAAGUAAGAUUUCAAGAACCCGGUAGUCAAAAUGCCAACGAAACGGACGAACCGCAACAAGAAAAUCUUGUCAGAGAUUCUGAACAAAAGGAUUCCGAUGAUGUUGGUAAUAAUGAAAAAUUGGACGAAGAAAGUAAAGAAAAUCCUGACGAAGCAACUAAAUUAAUUGGUGGCUCACCCAAAACGGAAAACAAGGAAAAUGCUCAGAAAGAAGCUAAGGAAAAUGAACAGGAAAACAAAAUGGAGAAUCCUUGUUCUAAAGUGCCACCUACGCUGAUACCUGACGAAAGUGACGUGAGACGUAUGCAUACGUCUGUGAAAUUGAAUGAAGUAAUCGUUAACAAGAGCCAUGACGCUCAGUUGGUAAUACUUAAUCUACCCGGUCCACCACGAGAUACGAGAAUGGAACGUGAAUCAAGCUAUAUGGAAUUUUUAGAAGUACUGACUGAAAGUUUGGAAAGGGUGUUAAUGGUACGGGGUAGCGGACGUGAGGUGAUCACCAUCUUUUCGUGAAUCAAUCUAACGCACCUACAAAUCGCCUUGACGAAUGAAAUAUCUAGUUUAUUUCUUAAAGACCUAAACGACAAACAAACAAAGAAGAAGAAGAAGAAGAAGAAGAAACAAAAUCUAACAAAACAAACAAAGAAGAUGACGACUCUUCAAAUUUUAAGGAACAUAUUAUUCUUGUGCCAUUAUUUCUCUAAUCGCGCGGAUAAUGUAUUACACACACACUAACUCGUAAA